UUUCGCUGAUGGCGCUUUGAUGCGAUAGGCGGAGGGGGCGGCGUGCUACGUAACGUACUUCCGGUGGCGCCGCCAAUGAGGAAGGCGCAGAACGGCGGCGCGCGAUGGCGGGCGAGGCGGUGACGCUGCAGCUCGGGCACUACGCGGGCUGCGUGGGCGCCCACUGGUGGGGGCUGCAGGUGGGACCGCGCGCCCCGCCACUGUGCGUCGUUUGCAGGCGCGGGGAUGUGGACAACUACGCGGAGCCGGGAACCGAGACAGAGGUGCGGGAUGGCGGGCAGCGGCCGGGAGACGCUUCAGCUGACGGAGACGGCAGCUCCAGCGCUUCCGUUCAAGAUGCAGCUCCAGCCCCAGGCAGCAGCACGCAGCUCUGGUCCGAUUAUCUCAGCGUUCAGCUGCACCCCAGGAGCAUUUAUGUCCUCCAGCAAUACAACCACGAUGGGGAUUCUGGUCGUCUAGAAGCCUUUGGGCAAGGAGAAAAGCUCCUGCAAGAUGUUGGCUGUAUAGAAGAGCUGGAAGAUCGCCUGCACUUCUAUGUUGAGGAGUGUGAUUACCUGCAGGGAUUUCAGGUCCUCUGUGACCUCCACGAUGGGUUCUCUGGAGUUGGUGCCAAAGUGACAGAACUGCUGCACGAUGAGUAUUCAAGAAAAGGAAUCCUGACCUGGGGCUUGACUCCAGUCACUCAUAACGUGGGAGAUCCUCAGAAGAACUUUUACAGAGUGCUGAACACAGCCCUUGGCAUUGCGCACCUCUCCGCUCACAGCUCCCUGUUCUGCCCUCUGUCACUCAGCGGCAGUUUAGGAAUCAAACCCCAACCUCCCACUGCGUUCCCCUACCUAAACUACGACGCGUCCCUGAACUACCACAGCAGUGCAGUUCUGGCAGCAGCACUCGAUACCCUCACGGUUCCGUACCGCCUCUGUUCCUCUCGAGGCUCCAUGAUGCACCUUGCUGAGAUGCUCAAUUUCUCUGGGAGAAAAGUUGUGGCUGCGUGGGCUGCAGUUCCCUUCCCCGCUGUGCGUGGUCACUCACUCCCAGAUGCUUUGUGUGCACAUCAGCAGGACGUGCCCUGGAAGCUUCUGUCCUCAUGUGGGGAGCAAAAGGUCAGCCGCUGUUUUGCUCAGUCUGUUGUGCUAAGAGGAAUUUGCAAAGAAAACCCAACCAGCUGCCCAGGACAGCAGCCGCCUUCUCCGCUCCACGCCUGUGAGACAGCCGAGCAGGUGCUGCAGUAUUAUUUACACACUGUGUUUCCUGGGGCAUUCAGCGCAUCCCACGUUCUUGAGCAGCCGUGUGUUACUCUACCUCCAUAUCCCCGCAUUUUUUCUUCUCUUCUGAGCAGACAAGGCUUCCUCCCAGACAAUCUUUCCAGUUAUUCUGCAGCAGCUGUUGAAAGCAUCCCUGUGCUGACAUCGCUGCAGUCCUCACCAGCUCUGCGCACACUCCUCUCUGAUCUCUGCAAGGACCUCCAGAAGUUGGGCACUCGGCGCUGUGCCAGCUUCUUUGCUGCAGGAGUUGAAGAGGAUGACUUCCACGAGGCCUUCCAGGAGCUGAGAACUCUGGCACAGUGCUACGAAAUGGGUUUUGAAGCUGGUAACUCUGAGGAUGAAAGCGACUCGGACUGAUGGAGCUUUAUUACAGGAGACAGGGAAAGGAAGGAAAUUCUUGAGAUCGCUUUCAAAAUAAAGGGAAUGGCUCUGAAAAUGG